CUCUGAACGUUACAAAAACUCUGCACUAACCUUCCUCAUCAGUGGUUUGUGAUAGGACUUGGAAUAAACUGCUCACAGACAUCUGCUCUUGUGGUUGUGCGUUGGUCUGAUGCAAUCAACUAAUAGCUAAUGCAAAUGUUUUUUUCUUCAUAGCAGGCACUUUAUUAUGUCACCUUCCAAUGAAAUAUAAGUUAAAGAUAAAGGGCUCAUUCCAUCUUUGGGGAAUGGGGUUCCAUAUAUAGUGUGAUGCACACAUCUCCUCUAUACAUAUACCUCUAUACCCCACACCGUGGGGCCCGAGGCCUGAGGAGCCUUGGAAUGAAAUCACAAUAACGUCUUUGUCUUAAUUUAGGAGCCCCCCUCAGCCCGGGUUGUGUGUCAGAGACACCACGUCUUCCAGCUCUUAUCAGUGACUGACCAGAGACACUGCGGCUCUGCCUUCAUCAUCUCCGUCAGCCACCUGCAGCGCCGUUUGAUGUCACGUGAUUUCUUCCUCGCUUCCUCAUGCCUCUGCUGGGGUUUUAUUUUCUCUCCACGUUGGCGUCACAGUCACACGGCCAUAACCUUCAUCCCCACCCUUCUUUUUUUUUGUGCAGAUAACUAAAUCUGCACGCGACAAAGUUCCCCUGCGAUGAUGCAUCUGUUACUCGCGUGUCACCUCAUCGGUCUCUCGGCGGGGGUUCAGGUCCACCAGAGUCCCGCGGCCCUCCUCGGCGUCGCCGGCGACGACGCGGCGCUCCACUGCUCGCACGGACGGGCCGACCUCAGAGUGAUGCUGUGGUACCAGCAGCCCCCCGGAGACCACGCCGUCCAGCUGAUCGGAUACGGAUACACCGAGUUCAAGAACGACAGCGCGGAGGAGCCGUUCAGGAAGAGUUUCACACUGAGCGGAGACCUGAGUGGAGACGUGACCAAAACUGGCGUGCUCUCCAUAACGAAGCUGGAGGCGCGUGGACACACCGCCACGUACUUCUGCGCAGCCAGUCAGGCACGGUGCGCCGAGGCUCCAUCUGCUCCUCACUAUCCGAGGGCCUCCGGCUGGUUCUUCACAUUCAACAUGGUGCCGUCGCAUUUCAUCGUUUCCGUCAUCACCGCGUUCUGGAUUGAAGGAGUGGACCUCGCUAAAGACAAAAGAGUCUCCCAGAAUCCGGCCGAUGUGUUUUUCGGGCCAAACGACAGGGUCACGCUGAGCCUCGGCCAUGAGAUCCCGAGCUACGACACGGUCCUCUGGUACCACCGCCCAGCGGGGGGCUUUGCCCUGACGCUGGUCGCCUACGUCUAUUACACAAGUCCCACAGUGGAGGCGGGUUUCCGAAGCCGCUUCAACGUGAGCGGAGACGGGGAGAAGGCCGCCCAUCUUCACGUCCUCAGCCCGAGGCUCCCCGGAGACAGCGGCACGUAUUUCGGGGCAGCCAGUGGAAACACUGUGACCUACACUGAUCCCGCUUACUUCGGCCAAGGAACCAAGCUGACGGUUUUGGAACCAGGACUUAACAUCACCAAGCCCACCGUCCGAGUGCUGCGGCCUUCGCCGAAGGAAUGUGGAAAGGUCGAAGCCGGCGAGAAGAGCAGGACCAUCGUCUGCGUGGCCAGCGGAUUCUACCCGGACCACGUCGGCGUGCUGUGGAGCAUCAGCGACGGCGACGGCGUCACCGACGACAACGUCACCGACGGCGUGGCGACCGACCACGCCGCCCGCCGCCGGGGCAAGUAUUACCGCAUCAGCAGCAGGCUGAGGGUCUCUGUGGAGACGUUCUCCAAGGACAGAGUGUUCAACUGCACCGUCAGCUUCUUCAACGGGAAGGACACUGAAUACGUUUGGGACUACAUCCGCGGGGAACCCGCUGGAGGAGGGGUCAUAACAAGAGAUGAAUAUUUGAUGGUCACGCAGACGGCCAAAUUCUCCUACGGCUUCUUGAUCAUCAAGAGCAGCGUCUUCGGCGCCGCGGUGGCCCUGCUGGUGUGGAGGCUCCAGCGCUCGGGUGGGAAGCAGAAGGACUGAGAGAUGGAUCCGGCGUUGACGUUCUCUGCAUAACGAGGUCGUGCUUGAACAGUGCAUCAAAAAAAGUACAUGUUGACAAACCGCUUAUGAUCGUAACCCCGUCCUUGUGGUCUCGCUCGCUCGCUUGAUGUUUUUAUCAAUAAAAGUACGGCCCGGAGG